GUUCCUCUCUCCCUUUCAGCCACCAUGAAGUUGAAGGACACAAACUCAAGGCCAAAGUCACCAAGCCAUGGCAAGUUUCAGAGGAAGGGAAUCAAGGUUGUGGGAAAGUGGAAGCAGGUGAAGAUUGACCCAAACAUGUUUGCAGAUGGACAGAUGGAUGACCUGGUAUGCUUUGAGGAACUGACGGAUUACCGGCUGGUCUCCCCUGCCAAGAAUCCCUCCAGUCUCUUCUCAAAGGGGGAGCCCAAGAAGAGAAAGGCCCACGCUGUCCCAGAAGGCGAGGAGGAAGGAGAGUGUAGCUCUGCAAAGAAGAAGAUGAAGUUGAAGAAGAGCAAAGAUGCGGAGACUGAAGGAACCAGUGCCCAGACAGAGAGUGAGGUCAAAGAGGCUGAGCCAGAGCCCCAGGGAGAUGGCGCAGUCCGUCCUGAUCCACAGGGAGGGGAGAUGGCACCAGGAAGCCCGGCCCUGACUGUUCCAAAAAAGAAGAAAAAGAAAGAGAAAAGAAAAUCGGAGCCUUCCCAGGGAGCUACUCCACAGGUGCCCAAAAAAGCCAAGACAUGGCUGCCUGAAGUGCGUGACCAGAAGGCAGAUGUGUCCGCUUGGAAGGAUCUGUUUGUACCCAGGCCAGUUCUCCGCGCACUCAGCGCCCUCGGCUUCUCUGCGCCCACGCCAAUCCAAGCUCUGACCUUGGCUCCUGCCAUCCGCGACAAACUGGACAUCCUUGGGGCGGCCGAGACAGGCAGUGGGAAAACGCUGGCCUUUGCCAUUCCAAUGAUUCAUUCAGUGCUGCAGUGGCAGGUGAAGAAGCCUACCCCAGCUCUGAGUAACACAGCAGCGCCACCUGGUGAGACUGGAGCUGAGACUGGGUCACCAAGCAAGGCUGGAACUGAGUCUGGAUCCGUGUGUGAUGAGAUGGGGAUAGAGGGUGAAGCACUGCCCAGUGAGACUGGAGCUGCCAUCUCAGACCAGGUGCUGCCCUUCUGGGAUGAUGAUGCUGGCGAAGGACCUUCUUCCCUAAUCAGGGAGAAGUCCAUCCCCAAACAGGAUGAGGACAGAGAGGAAAAGCUUGAUGAAGAACAGACUGGAACGCUACAACAGGAGUUCGAUGUCAAAUCCGUCACCUGUAAAUCCCAUCCAAAGCGUCCUCUACUUGGGCUGGUUCUGACUCCCACCCGAGAGCUAGCUGUCCAGGUCAAACAGCACAUCGAUGCUGUGGCCAGGUUCACAGGAAUUAAAACGGCUAUUUUGGUUGGUGGAAUGUCCACGCAGAAACAGCAGAGAAUGCUGAACCGCCAGCCUGAGAUUGUGAUCGCCACUCCGGGCCGACUGUGGGAGCUCGUUAAAGAAAAGCACCCUCAUUUGAGCAACCUUCGGCAGCUCAGGUGCCUGGUGAUUGAUGAGGCUGACCGGAUGGUUGAGAAAGGCCACUUUGCUGAGCUCUCACAGCUGCUAGAGAUGCUCAGUGACUCCCAAUACAACCCAAAGAGACAGACACUUGUUUUUUCUGCCACACUGACCUUGGUACAUCAAGCUCCUGCUCGAGUCCUUCACAAGAAACAUACCAAGAAAAUUGACAAAACUGCCAAACUGGACAUCCUCAUGCAGAAGAUUGGCAUGAGGGGCAAGCCCAAGGUCAUUGACCUCACAAGAAAUGAGGCCACAGUGGAGACACUGACCGAGACCAAGAUCCAUUGUGAGAAUGAUGAGAAAGACUUAUGUCUGUACUACUUCCUGAUGCAGUAUCCAGGCCGCACCUUAGUGUUUGCCAACAGUAUCUCCUGCAUCAAACGCCUCUCUGGGCUCCUCAAAGUCUUAGACAUCAUGCCGCUGACCCUCCAUGCCUGCAUGCACCAGAAGCAGAGGCUCAGAAACCUGGAGCAGUUUGCUCGCCUGGAAGAUUGUGUUCUCCUGGCAACAGAUGUAGCAGCUCGGGGCCUGGAUAUUCCUAAAGUCCAGCAUGUCAUCCAUUACCAGGUCCCUCGCACCUCGGAAAUUUAUGUCCACCGAAGUGGUCGAACUGCUCGUGCCACCAACGAAGGCCUCAGCCUGAUGCUGAUUGGGCCUGAGGAUGUGAUCAAUUUUAAGAAGAUUUACAAAACCCUCAAGAAAGAUGAGGACAUCCCAUUGUUCCCUGUGGAGACAAAGUACAUGGACGCAGUCAAGGAAUGAGGCACUGUGCCUGGCAUAAGGGUGAAAGACUGAGUGGCCACAAAUGAACCUUCACUGUCUGUCUCUGAAACCUCCACUACCUCCUCUGGAUGCAGUGAGUCCUGCUGCCUGGACAUCCUGGGGUGGCUGCAGGGAAGGGAGGUCUGUGGCUUGCUGAGGCAGACACUCAGGCUUCGUCACAGUCCUGAAGCAGAUGCCAGUAAUUCCCACCUUUGGGGCUUUAUUUUAACUUAGCAGGCAUUCCCUGAGUGGGUACUGCUUACUCUGGGCCAGAGUGCAUCAAAUAGCAAAGCGGGUGAGGCCGACCAAGUGCUAAAAUUCAGGACAGAUGGAGCACUGUGGUACCAGUGGGCACGUGGUCGAAUUGGUAGGAGAUGAGGUUUUCUCCAAGCCUCCUAAAGGUAGAGAUGUGAAGAGAUGAAAUUCCAGGAACUGAGGGAGCAGAGCAGUUGGCUCCUUUGGCUCAAACGGCAUGUUAGCCAUGUAGGGAAGUCUGAUGGGAGGCGCAAAUGGAACGAUGGAGACGCAGGUUGAAGGUGGAGAUGCAGAUGGAACGAUGGAGGCGCAGGUGGAAAGGUGGAGAUGCAGGUGGAAGGUGGAGGCGCAGAGGAUAACCUUGAGUAAGGGGGAAUAUGAGCCACCCUGACUUUUCGUGACUCCUUUCCCUCACACGCAAGAUCUCUCCGUCUUCCGCUGUCACUGCAGUCUGACCACAACACCCAUGAGAGGGAGACUUGAAAUGCUUUUCUCAAAGGACAGCUUGAAAGAGAGGGAAGGCAGUUCUGUGAGUUUGCUCUUGCUGCGGUUGAGAGCUGGGCCCUAACUCGGGGCUGUUGGGGUGUUUCAGGGUCUCAGCUCAGCCGUGGAAGCAGCUGUGGUGCCUGGGGAAGGGUGUCCUUUGGACGCCUGUAGCUGGCAGUCCGCCUGAGGAGGCUCCAAGGGGGGCAGUUCAGGGUCGUUCGGAUGCCGGCCCUUGUGAUGUCCUGUGUGUGCCACAUGUCACGCGUGCCCUCUGCCUUUUCAUUGGGAACUACUGAUUGCUAGAGCAUUUUUAAAAAAUAUAUAUUUUU